UUGAUUGCUUAGUUUCCAUCUGUAGGAUAAACGAUACGUAAAUCAUAAGCAAAACUUUAUUAUACACAGACAAUUGAUAUGAAAGUGACCAGCAUUACUCGCCUAGUUCUAGGUUCGAUUCUUGUCAUUUUCUCCAAACUAACAUUGCUAAAUACUGCCUUAUCUUUAUCUUUAUCAGAUGAGAGCGUCGAUCGCCCUCGAACAGCACGCGGGAAUCUUCUAGUGCGCGAUCCGUUCACAAACACGCCAGAUUUGACGCGCCAGAGAUCGGUGCCUGUCCUGUGGAUUCGUGGCCAAGCACCUGCGAGGAGCGCACCUGGCCAAGAUUACCUAACCGAAUUCAACCGCCUCCCGGACGUGUCGGUGACUUGCUCGAGCAACGGUUUCUUGUUAAGGGUGAAGAAGAGUUUCUACGGUUUCUCGGCCGUCGCAGAGGAGCUGACGCUCGGAGAAACCUGCAAAAGUAACGCGGUCCUGGAGCCGCAUGAAGAUUUGCUCUUCAAUUACGCGCUCACGGACUGUCAGGGUGAAAAACAGGUGCUUCCUGAUUACGUAGUUUACAAGUUUGUCCUUCGCUACGUGCCACUGUCACACCGAAACCCGUUCCUUUAUCACAGAGUGAAUGUGGGGGUGGAGUGUCGCUAUAAAAGGAACCAUCAUGUGCACAGUCUUAUGAUAAACCCGACAUUGAGGACACCAUUGCGCAAAAUCAUAAGGAGCAGAUCUGGUGACUUUCGGAUUCAGCUGAUGGACGACUACUGGUCUUCUCCAGUCAGGUCUGCUGUGUACCUGCUGGGACAGAAUGUGAAUGUGCAGAUUUCCACUCGACACCAUUAUCCUGGGAUCAAGCUUUUUAUCAACAGCUGUUAUGUGGCUACCGUUAACACUUUGAGUCAAGCCAACAAAUACAGCAUCAUAGACAAUUACGGGUGUUUUCGGGAAAGCCGGAUAAAUCCAGGUGCUUCAAGAUUCAGAUUCUCCAGGGCAGACAAUGUUGUUCAGUUCUCUUUUGGUGCUUUCCAAUUUAUUGAGGCUCCAGAUGCCCAGGUCUCACUCCAUUGUGAGGUCUCUGUGUCCAGUGGAGGCCCUAGUCCAAUGCAGAAGUCAUGUUUUUACAGGCACCCAGACAAAAGAUGGAUCUCUGUGUUUGGGCAAGAUUCUGUCUGUGACUGCUGUGACUCUGUCUGCAAUCAGACUAAAACCAAACGAAUAAUUUAUGAAGGUAAGUCAAAGCAUAACCAUUAACAUAAAUAAUCAGUAGUUAUACGCUAAAAAAAAUUAAAAGCCCAUAUAUCCACAUUACUUAGGUGUGUAGGCUCAAAAAGUCAAAUUACUGGAAAGAUGAAAAAGCCUGCACAUGAUAUCCAUAGAAGAAUAUUUCA